AAAUUAUUGUGCUCUAUAUUAUACAAAUUACAAAACUGCGAUGAACAUAGUGAGAUUUUGACCGCGGCUCAACGGCGAAUUUGGUUUACUGGGACACCAAGCGCCUCCUAGUAGAGAAGCGAUUAUUUUCAUUGGGUGAUAACAUCAUAACAUUCGUUAUGCUCCCGCUGUAGUUUCUUGAUAUGGCGGCGCUGAUUAAAGCACUGAGAGCUGGAAGGGUCUUGCGGGGUCUCGGCAGCGUUCAAGGCACACUCGGUCCCCAGUGCAGCAACGUGAGACGGGGAUUCCAUCGUGCCCGCAUGUUACAACUGACCAAUGACUCUAAAAGUCCCACAUCUGUGCCUCCUCCGUCCAACCAUGAGGUUCACACAUCUAGAGAAAGCUCAUCCUCUUCAGCGCAUGGAGAAUCUCCAGAAGAUGCCCAGACGAACACCAGUUUUCAAGAUCAGAGUUGUGAACAUGGUGAAGACUAUGAGACAGAAGAACAGCUCCAAGCUCGCAUCUUUACCGCGGCUCUAGAGUUCGUUCCACAGCACGGCUGGACUCUGGAGGCCAUCGCAGCUGGAGCAGAGACUCUUGGCCUGUCAUCAGCUUCCACUGGGAUGUUCAACAAUGGAGCUGGAGAUUUGGCCCUGUAUUUCGUCGGGCAGUGUAAUGCUCAACUUGCCGAGACACUCGCAGAGCAAAAUAACCAGGUUCAGCUUGGACAGGCAGAAUCAGAGAAAACAGCUGAGUUUCUGAGAGAUGCAGUGGAGAUGAGACUGCGGAUGUUGAUUCCUUAUAUUCACACAUGGGCUCAGGCUAUGAGCAUCCUGCUACUACCCCACAACAUCCCUGACAGCCUGAAACAUCUGUCCACGAUGGUAGAUGAUAUCUGGUACUAUGCAGGCGAUCGCUCGAAGGACGUCAACUGGUACACAAGGCGGGCGGCACUGACAGGGAUCUAUAACACCACAGAGCUGGUGAUGGUGCAGGACUCGUCUCCUGACUUCGAAGAGACAUGGGCCUUCCUCCACAAUCGCAUAAAUGAUGUAGUUAACAUGGCGAACACGGCUAAACAGGUGCAAGCCACAGGAGAAUCCGUGGUUCAAGGACUCAUGGGAGCCGCAAUUACGCUGAAGAACCUAACAGGGAUGAACCAGAGACGAUGAGUUACUUCUGAUGCUCCUGUCUUCAUUUUGUCACAUCUUUUACCCUUGGCCAUGCUUCUAAACCAAUCAUUUGAAAUGAUCACUAUGAAAGUGUUUGUGUUGUGAUACAGGGUGGAUUAUAACGCUUUUAGCACUUUUAAAUGGGUGAGCUGUGCCAUACCUGAUUCUUUUAUCUUAACCUGAGCCCAAUAAGCUGAAUUUGUAAAAAGAAAGAAUAAAAAUGUAAAUUGUAUUUAAGAGUCCUAUGUUCAUACGGUUUGUGUCAGAAGAAAUAAAGGGUAGCCUAUUUAA